AUGAGCAAAAAAUUGGAAAACAAAUGCAAAUAAGUUGUUAUUAUUGGGGGUUUAGAGGAUUUUUAUCUAUUGGUUAAAAAUGUAAAAAAUCAAAUUUGUGAUGUUGAAAGUAAUCCUUUAAAUUUUUAUUCCUCCUUAUCUCCUGAUGGAAAUACAUUAGCUUCUGGUAGUUAUGAUAAUUCUAUCCGUCUAUGGGAUGUCAAAAAAGGAUAAUAAAAAGCCAAAUUAGAUGCUCAUAGUAAUGAAAGCUUGUCUGUCUGUUUAUCUCAUGAUACCAAAUAUCCAUCUUUCUAAUGGCAAAAUAAUCAUUCUUUUGAUUAAAGAUAUAAAGAAAAAAAGGUUUAAUUAGAGAGUAUUUCUUUUUUCAUAACGACCAUGAAUCAUGAAAUGCUGAAGAUGGGUCUUAUAAUACCAAUCUAAGUUUGUCUAAAAAGGCAAUUUUACCUUUUAGAGAGACUUUAAACCCUUAAGUCUAAGAGAUUAAAAAAAUUUAUUAAAGUAUUAUAUUUUAAAAUUUUUUGA